AUGGCGGACUCUCAAGACUCCGACAGGGCAGCAGUUCUAAAGCCUACCAUGAUCUAUGGAACAGCAUGGAAAGGUGAACAGACACAACAAUUGGUGCUCGAGGCGGUCAAACAGGGAUUCCGCUGCUUCGAUACGGCUAGCGACGACGAGCACUACCGUGAGGACCUCACCGGGGCCGCGUUGCGCGACGCCGUCCAGUCAGGUCUCGUGCGCCGGGAGGACAUCUACAUCCAGACCAAAUACUCGCCGCCGCUUCAACACCACGGCUCCGGAGGGUUCACAUGUACGGCUGACGGACGUGACCUUGCUGCCGAAAUCAACGCCUCUGUCGCGCGGUCUCUGUCGCGCUUGUGCGUGGUGCACGCGGAUUGUGCGAACGAGGCAAGCAGGUGCAGCUCCUACAUCGACUGCCUUUUGCUGCACUGUCCGUUCAAUAGCGUCGAGGAGACGGCGCAAGCUUGGCAGGUCAUGGAGCGGUUCGUGCCGGGCCGCGUCCGACUACUGGGGAUUUCAAACGUCCGCUUGGACGUACUGGAAGCCCUGUACCGAGUGGCCACGGUCAAGCCAGCAGUGGUGCAGAAUCGGUUCUAUCGCAAGAACAACUACAUGGUGGAUGAACGAUUAUUUUGCCACGAGCGAGGGGUCUCUUAUCAAUCCUUCUCUGUUUUGACGAGGAAUGAGGAUGUCUUGAAGUGUGGUGCCGUCGCUAUGCUGGCCGCCAGCGCCGGGGUAUCGAGCGAGGUCGCCAUGUACUUUCUCCUCGCCGCGUCGAGCCCCGGGGCCGCUGUGCUCAACGGCACGACCAACCGCGACCAUAUGAGGCAUGAUGUGGCGGGUCUACAAGCCUGUUCCGAGUGGGCAGCAUCGAGCUCCAAUUCCGCGGUCUACCGCACUUGCACCGAGUCGUUUCACCAGGAAAUAGGACAAGGAUGGGGAAGCCCAAGGCCUAUAAUUCUCCCAUUAUCAACUACCGCGAACGUUAUUCCUUAG